AUGCGAGCAUCACAGUUUUACAUCAAGACGACCCGCGAGGCACCGGUUGAGGCCGAGACAAUCAGCCACAAAUACCUCACUCGCGGCAGCUUUAUCCAACAAAUCGCAGCCGGCAUCUUCAGCAUCAUGCCAUUGGGACAACGCAGCCUCGACAAAAUACGCACCAUCAUUCGCGAGGAGAUGAAUGCCGCCGGCGGUCUCGAAGUCACCAUGCCGGUGGUGCAGCCCCGCUCCAUAUGGCAAGAGAGCGGUCGGGCAGACACCUACGUCCCGCCCCUCGCAAAAUUCUUGGACCGCCGCGAGCGUGAGAUGGUUCUUGCGCCAACUCAUGAGGAGACGGUCUCAAUCAUGGGGCGUUACGGGAUAGCCAGUUACCGAGACAUGCCGCUCAUCCUGUAUCAAAUACAGACCAAGUUCCGCGACGAAACUCGGUCACGUGGCGGGCUUCUGCGCGUACGUGAGUUUGAGAUGAAGGACGCCUACUCUUUCGAUGCAGACCCGGCAGGAUUGGACACCAGCUACGACGCCAUGGCGCAGGCCUAUCGCAACAUCUUCUCGAGGUGCGGCCUCGACGCGGUAAUGGUUGAGGCCGACUCCGGAUCCAUCGGCGGCAAGGAUUCCGCAGAGUUUGCGCUUCUCGCCGACAGUGGGGAAGACACCGUGCUGACGUGCGAUUCCGAAGAAUGCGAAUAUGGCGCGAACUUGGAAAAGGCUGAGUUCAUCAAGACCCUAAAUGCGGAGGAGAAGGCCGACGAGGUCGAGAAAUUCCCGACUCCAGGAUUGAAGACGAUUGAGGCGUUGGCAAAAGCUGAGGGUGUCUCCGAAUCUAAGACGGCGAAAGCGGUUUUCUAUACGAUCGACGACCAAGUCUAUGUAGUUGUGAUUCGCGGCGACUAUGAGGUGAACGAGACCAAGGUACGGAAUCUGAUGGGUGGUUCUGAGCCUCGCUUAGCGACGCGCGAAGAGGUAGCCGCGGCCGGUUUCGUGGCCGGGUCAGCUUCGGCAGUCGGCAUCAACAGCAAAUACGUGAUUGCCGACGAAUCAGCAGUGGAGAACGCGAAUCUUUUGGCUGGCGCCAAUGAAGAGGGGUUUCACCUCAGAAAUGUCAACUUCGGACGCGAUUGGAACGCGGAUCACAUGGGUGAUAUCGCUGCCGCUCUGGAAGGGCACAAGUGCCCUCGGUGCGACGACGGAUAUCUAAAACAGCAUCGCGGCAUCGAAGUCGGGCACAUAUUCAAGUUGCGGACCGUCUACAGCGAUACGAUGAACGUCAAGUUCAACGAUGUUGAUGGCAAGCUACAGCCGGUAUUCAUGGGCUGUUAUGGCAUUGGAACCGGACGAUUACUGGCCGCGGCAGUUGAAGCUAACCAUGAUGAUCGCGGGAUGACACUUCCCAGAUCCAUCGCACCGUUCGAAGUCGUCGUCGUUGCCGUCAAUAUGCACAACAACGACGAAGUUCGCGAACUCGCCGAGUCGCUUUACCGACAGCUGAACGACGUCGGCAUCGAAACCCUUUUGGAUGAUCGAGUCGAAGCUCCGGGCGCGAAAUUUGCGGAUGCCGACCUGAUCGGGAUGCCUGUACGGGUGGUUGUUAGCCCCCGAAGCAUCCAAAACGGCGGCGUCGAAGUCAAGCAUCGCAAGGCGGCACGAUCCGACUCCACCAUCCACGCCGCUGACCAAGCGAUCUCAGCGGUUCAAGCCAUAUUGAAUUCCUGA